AUGACCACUUUACACAUCUCCAACUGGGUCAACGGCGUCCACGCGCCCCCCUCCGCUGACACCCUGGUGGUCACUAAUCCAGCGGAUGAAUCUCUUAUCGCCAGUGUCGAUGCAACUUCUCGUGCUACUGUCGACGACAUCAUCUCCAGAUCCCUACACAAUUUUAAGCAUGGCGCCUGGCCGCGCGCCGACGCCUCGCAGCGCUUCAACGUGCUCGCCAAAGCUGCCUCCUUGCUACGCACGCGCAUGCCCGAGUUCGUUGAGCUCGAGGUACGCCAGACAGGGCGGCCGGUGCGCGAGAUGCAGGCGCAGCUGUCUCGCAUCCCCGAGUGGCUUGAGUACUUUGCUGGCCUGGCGCGAGUGCAUGAAGGCUCGGUGACGCCGUUCAAGGGCCCCGUUGUCAAUACGCUGGUGCGUCAGCCGCUGGGUGUUGUUGCUCUGAUUACCCCCUGGAAUCAUCCGAUUUUGGUCAGUAUGAAGAAGAUUGGGGCUGCACUCGCCGCUGGGAACAUUGUCAUUGUGAAACCGUCAGAGCUGGCGCCGAUUUCGAUUCUCAAAAUGGGCGAUUUGUUUCAGGAAGCAGGGUUACCAUCUGGAUCGCUGCAAAUCAUCUCUGGAUACGGCCGAGAUACUGGUAAAUUCCUGUGCGAGAGCAAGCAUUUAGCCAGGAUCGAUCUGACAGGUGGCCUGGAGACGUAUAGGGCUAUUGCGCCGGGGGCUGCGCUCAAUUUGAUUCCUAUCACAGCCGAGCUGGGUGGGAAAGCGCCUGUGUGUAUCUUCCCCAGCGUCGAGGUCGAGCUCGCUGUCAAAGCAGCCCUGUUUGCCAGUUUUAUUGCCAGUGGGCAGACGUGUGUGACAGGCAGUCGAUUACUGGUGCAUACGGAUAUAUACGACGAGUUUGUCGCGCUUCUGACGACAAGAACGAAGGCACUGCGUAUCGGCGACCCAACAGAUCCGCAAACGCAGAUUGGUGCAGUCAUUAACGAAGCUGCAGUCGAGCGAUGCGCUGCAUUCACAGCACGCGCAGUCGCCGAAGGAGGCAAACUUCUCUGUGGAGGAUCGCGCUUUGGGUCAAAGGGGUUCUUCUUCGAGCCCACGCUCAUCGAAACACACGCCGAAUCCCAUUUGGCUUGCAACGAGGUUUUCGGCCCUGUGAUUGCGCUGCUGCGGUGUGAUUCCGAAGACGAGAUCGUACGCAUUGCAAAUGGGACAGAAUUUGCCCUGGGGGCCAGCGUCUGGACGCAGGACUUUACCCAGGCGCACCGGGUGGCUGAUAAAAUCGAGGCCGGUAUUGUCUGGGUAAAUGCGCAUCAUCUGAAUGACCCGUCGUCUGCAUGGGGAGGGUUCAAGACGAGUGGCAUGGGCAAGGAGAAUGGGCGCGAAGCAUAUGAGAGCUAUACCAAGGUCAAGAGCACGGUGUACAAUUACGGCGUUCUGCCUACGUGGUUUGACGACGUAGAAAAUGCUAGAUAUGGAUGA